AAAAUAUCACACAUACUUCACCAAACUUUCCGUUUAAUAGUCGCCGUUAAAUUUUACCGGAUAUUAUAUAAGUUCGUGAUCCUGCUCCAUUUUUAUUUUCCAGAUGUGACCGAGAUUUAUGAGUCCAUCAAUAUGGGAGACUUGCCAUGUCCACCAUAUCCUAACCAAAGAUUGGAGGCGCGGAUAAUUAGCAGGGAAAAGAUACCGAAGAUUUGUUUAGUUGUGUCUGCUACAAAGCACUUCUCUGCGAAGACUUUGAAAUGUAUAACUAAAGUGAAACAAAGUGUACAGACUAGCGGUUUUGCUGGUGAUGCUGUCAUAUUUUUGGCUACCACUGCUGUUCUAGAGAUUGUGCGUAGGCUGAGCAAAGCUAGAUGUCCUUUUAUUUGGAGCGGUUUGCAGGCCCUGCAAGUUUUUUGUUUUCCACCGUUUAAGUGGAUCCAGAAGUGGGCCCCUUUGAAGCCACUGGUCAAACAGUUGCAAAAAUUGUCUAGGCCAAUGCUAUUGCUCUCAAUUGCAACAGUUUUCUCUGAUCAGUCAUCAUCUACGGGAGAAACAACACCAAAUGAUGAUUCUCAAGCAUAUCCACAAACAAGAUCUCAUGAUGAAAUACAGGAUGGUCAACCUGAAAGAUGGUUGCUAGAACUCCAUAAGGAACUCAGGGAUGAGGGUAUUAGUGUACCUGAGAGGUUGAAUGAUGAUGAGCUUCGCCAAUUUUAUGCUGCUGCAAAUGGUGAUUUUGCAAAGUUGCUUUCAUCAGUUAAGAAGACCAUUAAAUGGAGGCAGAGUUACACGAUUCUUUCGCCAGAAGAGCUUGAGGCUUGGUCUCCUUUCAUUUUUUGGCACGGCCACGAUGCCAAUCAACGGCCUUGCCUCAUCAUUCGCCUUGGACUUGCUUGCUCCAACCUGAGAUCCAAUGGCAAAUCUCUCUUGAUAAAAGCAGUUGUUUCGCAGAUUGAGCACGGUAUUCUGAGAUUGGUCAAUGUGGAACAUCCUCAAAUUACUGUCUUGAUGGACUGUGAAGGACUCUCUCCAUUUGGUUUUGGACUCUCUCCAUUUGGUUUUCCCAUAAACAUGAUGAGAUCUUGCGGUGAGAUCUUGCAAGAUCAUUAUCCUAAUCGUCUUAGCUCUUUGAUUAUAGUACGGCUCCCUCAAGUUGCCCAAUUGAUAGUGCAAACUUUCCUUCAGGUGCUUAAACCCGCCACACGCCAAAAAGUGAGGAUUAUUGGGAGAAACCAUCUAGAGUUUCUAUCCAAUCACCUCGAUUCAGUCCCUCCGUUUCUUGGUGGAAACUGCUCGUGCUCAAAAUGCUCAGGCCGGAGCAAUGCAGAAGGUAAAUCCGAGGAAGCCACAAGGACAGAACCAACACUUGAUCAUGUGAAUAAAUCCGAUGAGCUCACUCGGACAGAACUAGCCCCUGAUCAUAUGAAUGAUAGCCCCGAGUUUAAUCAACAUAGUGUUUCCCACACGAAUGGAUACAAGGGAGAACUGAUAAAGAUCAUCAUCAUUGGUAUACUGAUGGUGUGGAUAUUUGUUGCUGUGAUUGUGGCAAUGCAUAAUCCAGAAAGAUUGCCUCUUUUGCAUUGACUUAGAUAAUAAAAUGUGUGUUUCCUAUGCAGAAUCAUAAAUCUCCACUCAGGCAAUAGAUUUUUCGUUAGCUUUGUAAUGUCAUAUAAGUACUUUCUAGUUAGACAUCGGUAUACAUUAUACAGUAGUAAUUUUCGUAGAGGAUUUACGUAGUUACUUAUCAAUGUAUAGUACUGUAUUUGGAAAGCACUGGCAUGAUAGAUUUCCACAUGGUGUUCAUAGAGGAUUUACAUGAAUAUUUGUCAAUAAAGCAGCGAAGAUUCAUAUA